UGUCUUUUAGCUCACCGAAGAGCAGAAACUGGCGCUCAAGUUUCCGGGGAAGAAACCAGUUGCCACUGAUAUUUUGAAAAAGAGAAUGCAGAGAGGGGUGAAAUAUUUUGAUUCUGGCGAUUACGCCAUGGCGAAGAGCGAGAAAAAAGUAGGUCCCGCCGCAGCGGCCAUUGGUAACAGGGGAAAAUUGCCCGUUGGAGUCGGAAAAGCCAUCCCCACACCCGAUAACAUCCCACACAGGAAAACGUCUGUGCCUACAGACUAUCACACUCGUGCAAGAAGUGGAGAGUUUAACCUUGUAAUGGAUCAGUAAUCUUCUGGUUUGGAGAGUGCUCAAGACUUCAUCAUUAGUUAAACUAAAAGCUACACUUGUAGUUAGCAUAAAUGAUCAUGGUAUAUUAAUCUUCUGAGGUAAUAAUGCUUGACUUAAUUUUAUGAAGUAGUGUAACAUAAGUACUUACUUGCUUUCAAAGUUUAAACACUUGCACUAUUUUUCCUGAUGAGAUGUACUCUUUCUUGUUCAUUUGAUGCUGUGGCUAUUGUAAUUUGAUAUGGAAUUAAUGGUUAACUCUGUGUUAAGUAGUUCACUGAAGAGAAACUAUUUUUUGUUAUGUAAUUGUACAGUAAUGUGGUAAAAUAUUUACUUAAAGCUCUUUUAUUCAAUUGCUUAGGGCAUAGGAUUUUGGCAGGGUGAGUUCCAGUUCUCAAACUAGUUGUUAGUGCUUACCAGUGCCAGCUGCAUGUUUAUAUCUACAUUUUCCAUGUACAAUCAUUAUUUAUAAAACUAAAUUAUCAUAAUUUAAGCAUGUCUAUAGUUCUCUGCAAAUGGUACUUAAAAGGAAGAAUACUCAGUUAGUUAACAAGAUGUGUGGAAAAGGAAGAAAAAAUGUAUUAAAAUGUAUAAAUUGCCAAGGAACUCUUUGCUCAAACAAAUCUUCCCUCUAACAGUCUUAUGCUAAAACAGGUUGGUGGACUCCUAAACUACAUGUAAAAUCGUUGAAAUGAAAUAAAGGGACCUAAACCUAUCAUAUCAGGAAA